CUCUUAAGCUUACGUGGAGGAAAACUGGUCUCCCGGCCAGGUGGUCACCAACCUUGUGGCCACGGACCUUGAUGCCUGGGACCUGGGCAAGCUGAGAUACACCGUCCUGCACCAGACCUCAGAAGCAGCCGUCACCAUGAACAAGGAAGGCAGUCUAUACACUGAGACACCCCUGAAUCGUGAGUCCCUGCCCGUGCACAGCCUCAAGGUGUCCGUGAUGGACGAAGAGAUCCAGGCCAGCUUCACGGUGGUGUGCGACAUGAACAAAAACCCACCAGUCUUUACGCUGCCGGAGUACCAGGCGAACAUCAUGGCUCCCAGGACGACCAUUCUUAAGGUCAUUGGUGUUAAGCUCACCGGGGAGCUGAGCAGUUGGACAUCACCCAAAGACAUCAUAUUGAAGGUCGCUGGAAUUCUGACAGUUAAAGGCGGCACCGGGGCAAUUGUUGAAUAUUUGGGGCCUGGCGUGGACUCCAUCUCCUGCACGGCAUGGCCACGAUAUGCAACAUGGGCGCCGAGAUCGGUAAGAUUGGCUACAGUGAAGGUCGUGGCAGAGAGUGUACUCAAACUCCUACUGUGAGCUACUUCUGCUGCCUGCGCCCUCACCACCCCUGUGAAGGACGCCCAGCUGACCCAACCCUCCACGUGUGCCCCUGAGAGCUCCCUGCAGCACAGCGAGUCUCUUCUUGGACGGCUCAGAGGCACAGAAGAUGUAGCCAGACUUGCCGGCCAAACCCGAGGGUGUGUGUUGAUGUUGGGACCAAGAAGAAGAAGAGGAGGAAAAGGAGGAAGAUGAUGAUAAAGGCAACAGGAAGAUCAGAAGAAGAGGAGGAAGAAUGGAAGAAGAGAAGAGAACACACACACACACAUAUAUAUGACAAACACCUUUUUCUAUAUUUUUCAUUUUUAUUAGUCCAUACAACAUACAUUAGCUAUAUACAUAUAAUACAACAUAUGCAUAACUCUAUACCUUAGACCAGAGGAGUGAGU